GAACCACCAACUCUUCUCUCUCCCCUCCUAUUGGCUACCAGCUCUCUCUCUCUCUCUCUCUCCUUCCUCGAAUCACCAAUCGCACACUCCACUGAACCCUGCUUCUGCUUCCUUACAAAACACACCUACACACGCACGCACACACACACGUUCCUUCCUCGAUCCUCCAUCCCACAACCCUAAACAACCACUAAUUCCACUCUACUCUCCAAUCACUCCAUCUCCACCGAACUAGGGCUCCGUUCCACUGAUCGACUACGGAAUGGGCGAUCCGUUGGAGAGGCUGGGAUCCGACGUGGCCGCGGGGCCGGAGGAGUCGAGCAUGAAGGAGGAGCUGUGUAUGGAGAUUGAUCCGCCGUUCAGGGAGAGCCUCGCCACCGCCGACGACUGGCGGAAGGCACUCAGCAAGGUGGUCCCCGCCGUGGUGGUGCUCCGUACCACCGCGUGUCGCGCCUUCGACACCGAAGCGGCCGGUGCCAGCUACGCCACGGGGUUCGUCGUCGACAAGCGGCGUGGGAUUAUACUUACGAAUCGACAUGUCGUGAAGCCGGGACCCGUAGUUGCAGAGGCUAUGUUUGUGAAUCGUGAAGAAGUUCCAGUAUAUCCUAUAUACAGAGACCCGGUUCAUGAUUUUGGCUUCUUUCGUUAUGACCCUGGUGCCAUACAAUUUCUGAGCUAUGAGGAAAUUCCUCUUUCUCCAGAGGCUGCUUGCGUUGGACUAGAAAUCAGAGUUGUUGGUAAUGACAGUGGAGAGAAGGUCUCUAUUCUUGCUGGCACCCUUGCUCGUUUGGACAGAGAUGCUCCUCAUUACAAAAAGGAUGGCUACAAUGACUUCAACACAUUCUACAUGCAAGCAGCAUCUGGGACCAAGGGGGGUUCAAGUGGUUCCCCAGUAAUUGAUUGGCAAGGCAGGGCCGUAGCGUUGAAUGCGGGGAGCAAGUCAUCUAGUGCUUCAGCAUUUUUUUUACCUUUAGAAAGAGUUGUAAGGGCUUUACAAUUCUUGCAGAAAGGACGAGAUUCUUUCAGUGAUAAGUGGGAGGCACUUACUAUUCCCCGUGGUACGCUUCAGGUGACAUUCCUCCACAAAGGAUUUGAUGAGACACGUCGCCUUGGUCUCCAAAGUGACACAGAACAGAUGGUGCGCCAUGCAUCUCCACUUGAUGAAACUGGAAUGCUUGUCGUUGAUUCCGUGGUGCCAGGUGGCCCAGCUCACAACCUUUUGGAGCCUGGGGAUGUACUUGUUCGUGUAAAUGGGAACGUUAAUACUCAGUUCCUGAAAUUGGAAACAUUGCUUGAUGACAGUGUGGGCCGGAAGAUUGAAUUACAAAUUGAAAGGGGUGGCACGCCAUUGACUGUGGACUUGAUGGUUCAGGAUCUACACUCAAUAACUCCAGACCACUUCUUGGAAGUAAGUGGUGCAGUGAUCCACCCCCUUUCAUACCAACAGGCUAGAAAUUUUCGCUUCAAUUGUGGCCUUGUUUAUGUUGCAGAACCAGGAUAUAUGCUUUUUAGAGCUGGAGUUCCCCGUCAUGCCAUUAUUAAAAAGUUUGGAGGUGAGGCAAUAUUAGGACUAGAAGACCUAAUUUCUGUUCUCUCUAAGCUGGCUAGGGGUUCUCGAGUGCCUUUGGAGUAUAUAAGCUACAUGGAUCGUCAUCGUAAAAAGUCUGUCCUUGUCACAAUUGAUCGCCAUGAAUGGUAUGCCCCUCCUCAGAUUUACACUCGCUAUGACAGUACUGGUCUAUGGACGAUAAAAUCUGCUUUGCCACCUGAGUCUCCACUCUUGUCCUCUUGCAUGAAUAAUCUUGAACAAGGUUUCGCAAACAGUAACAUUCAGUUAGAUACUAGCGAGACUAGUCUAAUGGUGGAUAUGCAUCAAGAUAUCAACCAGGGAUUGGUUGAUGGUGUUUCCAGCAUGGACACUAGUUCUGAACGCGUUGGAGAAGGAACAAAUUCUCGCGAUGAUUCGGAUGUUGGAGCUAAGAAACGGCGAGUAGAAGAGGAUUCAUCUGCUGAUAGCCUUGUUGCCAACUGUUCUUUACAUGAACCUAGAGAAGAGAAGUUGGAUGACUCGACUAGCUCAGAAAAUGAUCUUCUGAGAGAUUAUCAAGGUGCAGCAGCUGCAGCCGCUAGUUCUUCUGUAGCUGAGCGUGUCAUAGAGCCUACUCUAGUGAUGUUUGAGGUUCAUGUACCACCAUCAUGCAUGCUUGAUGGUGUGCACUCGCAGCAUUUUUUUGGAACUGGUGUUAUUAUAUAUCAUUCUCACAAUAUGGGAUUGGUGGUGGUUGACAAAAACACAGUCGCGAUAGCCGUAUCGGACAUUAUGCUUUCUUUUGCUGCCUUCCCAAUCGAAAUCCCUGGGGAGGUGGUUUUCCUUCAUCCCGUGCAUAAUUAUGCUAUUGUUGCAUAUGAACCUUCUGCUUUGGGAGCUGUUGGUGCUUCAGUGGUCCGUGCUGCUGAACUUCUUCCUGAACCUCCACUCCGUCGUGGAGAUGCAGUUUAUCUUGUGGGAUUAAGCAGGAGCCUGCAAGCUACGUCAAGGAAAUCUGUUGUCACCAACCCACAUGCUUCUUUGAAUAUUGGUUCUGCUGAUUGCCCACGUUACAGAGCAACUAACAUGGAAGUCAUUGAGCUUGAUACUGACUUUGGUAGCACAUUUUCGGGUGUGCUAACUGAUGAGCAUGGAAGGGUCCAGGCUAUUUGGGGAAGCUUUUCGACUCAGCUGAAAUACAGUGGUAGUUCAUCAGAAGAUCAUCAAUUUGUCCGUGGUAUUCCUGUUUAUAUAAUCAGCCAAGUCCUCGACAAAAUCAUAUCUGGUGCAAAUGGACCGAAUCUUCUCAUAAAUGGUAUUAAAAGGCCAAUGCCACUUGUCAGGAUCUUAGAGGUUGAACUUUAUCCUACAUUGCUUUCCAAGGCCCGUAGCUUUGGACUCAGUGACAAAUGGGUCCAGGCUCUUGUUAAGAAAGAUCCAGUUAGACGUCAAGUAUUGCGUGUUAAAGGUUGUUUGGCUGGGUCAAAGGCUGAUAAUCUGCUAGAACAAGGUGACAUGGUUUUGGCAAUUAAUAAAGAGCCAAUCACGUGCUUUCGUGACAUUGAAGAUGCUUGCCAGUCAUUAGAAAAAUGUGAUCAAAAUGAUGGAAAGCUUAACAUGACUAUUUUCCGCCAGGGACAUGAAAUCGAACUUCUUGUUGGAACAGAUGUGAGGGAUGGUAAUGGUUCGACACGAGUAAUAAAUUGGUGUGGAUGUAUUGUCCAGGAUCCUCACCCAGCGGUGCGUGCUCUAGGCUUUCUACCUGAAGAAGGGCAUGGUGUAUAUGUGGCAAGAUGGUGUCAUGGGAGUCCGGUUCACAGAUACGGGCUAUAUGCUCUUCAGUGGAUUGUUGAAGUAAAUGGGAAACCAACUCCUGAUUUAGAUGCUUUCGUUGAUGUGACGAAGGAGAUUGAUGAUGGGAAGUUUGUUCGUGUAAGGACGGUCCACCUAAAUGGGAAACCUCGAGUACUAACAUUGAAGCAGGAUUUGCAUUACUGGCCUACGUGGGAGCUCAGAUUUGAUCCUGAAACUGCAAUGUGGCGUCAUAGAACAAUCAAAGCGUUAGACUGCGGUAUUGAAUGAGUGUUUAAACUUUGAACUUGAUUGGGAGGAACUUAAGCUCGGAAACUUUUUGGAAUCCCCUUUGAGUUGCAGCGCAUGUUAGAUAUAUUGGGAGGCCCACGCCAAGGCAAGUAUUCUAGCUUUGAGUUCAGUUGCUACUCCCUGAAUGUAAUUGUGUAAUUGACGAUGGUCUAGGAGAGAGGAUAAACAAUAGUUUUGGAUCCCAUGCAAUUGCAUUCCAUUGACAUCAUAAAAGUGACCUAAAGAGAGGUUGAAUGACUGUAAGUAUUGAAAUCUCAGAUUCAAGGAGAGAGUAUAUAGACCGAGAUACAUAAUAUUUUGAAUCUCAUAGGUUACAUAUCGACGUCAUUGCCGGGUAAGGAUAUGAAUUAUUGACAAACUAAUGAAGUUUCAGAAUUUCA